AUGGAGACUAAAGUCCUGCCACUAACGAUGCCAGCCUGUCUGGAGGAUGUUAGAAUUAAAAGCUUACCUGCGACUGCUUUUUACAUCUCAGACUUCAUCAGCGGGGAGGAGGAACAGGCACUGUUGACCAAGAUCGAAACAGCUCCCAAGCCUCGAUGGAAGCAUCUUUCGAAGCGGCGGUUACAAACAUGGCCAUCUGAUCUCACCAAGAAUAACGCACUGCUCGACAGCCCUUUGCCAAACUGGCUGGCAAACCCCAUUACUGCCCGCCUUCUUUCCUGUCCCAUCUCGAGCGAAAAUCAAAAUCAUAUUUUCUCCAACAGCCCUCACAAGAGACCUAAUCAUGUCCUUAUAAAUGAAUAUUUACGAGGGCAAGGAAUAAUGCCGCACAAGGAUGGAUCUGCAUAUCACCCAGUGGUCUGUACAGUUAGCCUAGGGGCUUCCCUUUGCCUAGACAUCUACGGUAGCAACGAAGACGGCGCCACAGAGCUUGAACCAAGAUGGAAGAUACUGCAAGAGCCAAGGAGCCUGUUGAUUACCACUGGAGAGCUAUACACCGAUUUUCUACACGGUAUUGCAAAUGUCGAUGAAGAUUUGAAUAUUGGGCCGAACACGGUUGCAAACUGGGAUCUCCUUCGAGACCCGGAGGCCUUCAAAGAUGGUUGUAAUGUGCGACAAACUAGAACCAGUCUCACUUAUCGAGACGUACUCAGAGUCUCCAAACUUGGCGGCCAACUUGGACUUUUCGUCAAGCGCUAA